AUGGACCAACCUGCGGAAAAGACGACUGAUGCGGUGGCUGGUGGUCACAGUGCUGGCGCUGUCAAUAACAACAAUGGCAAUGUUGCCCCUGCGCAGGAUGAAGCAGACUCGCAAUCCACCCCUCCGAAGCUCUCUCGUUCCCAAUCCAUCGCCCUUGUCGCCGCCGUCAGCGGAGCAGGUUUCCUCAACACAUUCUCCAGCCAAGCUGCCGUCAUCACGCUUCCAACAAUCUCGAGGGACCUAAAUAUCCCGCCAGGUCGCCAACAGCUGGUUAUAUCCGUCUAUGGGCUUGCUUUUGGGUGCUUUCUCCUGCUGUGGGGAAGAGUCGCCGACGUUUUCAACAAGCGCAUGAUAUUUGUCGUUGGCAGCGUUUGGGUCACACUGAGCACGGCGGUCACAGCCUUUGCGCCAAACGAAGGCGCCUUUCACGCCUUUAGAGCCCUCCAAGGAAUUGGCGCUGCGGCCAAUGUUCCAACGGCAAUUGGCGUCCUCGGCACUACGUUUGCCAGAGGCAAGGCGAGAAUUUACGCCUUCAGCUUCUACUCCGCGGCCACCCCGCUUGGAAGUGUACUUGGAAAUCUUCUUUCAGGUUUCAUCGCCUCCUACACUAGCUGGAAAUGGGUGUUUGGCGUUCUCGCCAUUCUGGCAGCCUGCGUGACCAUUGCCGGUUACUUUACAAUCCCGCCCCAGAAAUCUUCACGAAAUAGUACUGAUGCCCGAUUGCUGGACCGUCUCGACUUGCUGGGGGCCAUCCUCUCGACGACCGGCCUCGGCAGUCUUCUAUACGUUCUCAGCACGGGCAACCAGGCAGGAUGGGCCACACCAUGGGUCCCCGUCGUAAUAGUGGUGGCUGUUGCCCUGAUCAUAGGCUUCAUUGUUUGGGAGACGCAUCUCGAGGCGAGGAACAACUGCCCACCGCUGCUGAGAGUAUCGCUCUUUCGGACUCGAGACUUUUCUGCCUCCAUGGCAGUCAUGUGCAUGCUCUUUGCGUCGUUCAACGGUUUUCUUGUCUACACCACCAUCUUCUAUCAAGACUAUCAGCAACUUUCAGCCUUGCAGACCACUCUUCGCUUCAUUCCGACGGGCGUCGUCGGCGUGGUGAUGGCAAUCUCCAUCGCACCGCUUCUGUCGCGGAUUUCUACAGUUCCGGUGCUUCUAGCAGGAUCCCUUUCUACGUCAAUAUCCUCACUCCUAUUCGCCGUGCCCAUUCCUACCGAUACGUCGUACUUUAAAUACGGACUAUGGGCUAUGAUCCUGGCCACUCUAGGUGCAGACUCAACAACCCCUUGCUUGUACUCGAUUGUUUCGCACGCAGUCUCGGACGAAUACCAGGCUGUCGCUGGCGCAAUGCUCAACGUGUCAAUGCAGCUUGGACGAGUGCUUGGCCUAGCGAUUGCCACUGCUACACAAACUGCAGUUACAGCGAAAGCAAGACAUGCUCAUGUCGGAGGCGACACCAGCGUUUUACCCUGGGACGAGUCCUCCCUCAAGGGACUCCGCGCGGCAAACUGGCUCAACUUUUCAUUUGGCAUAGCAAGUCUGGUUAUCAUCAUUACCGUGUUCUCACGAUCAGCUAAGCCUGCUCGGAACAAUGUUUAG